UUUAACACCUUUUCCAGGACAGUCACAAUGGCUAUGAUAUCAGAGUUUCUGGGACAGCUCGCUCUCAACACUGGGGCCCCUGAACCCAAAUACCCCACUGUGGUACCUGCUAUGGACUUUGACCCUGACAGAGAUGCUGCCAGAAUAGAGACUGCCAUCAAAACCAAAGGAGUGGAUGAACAGACCAUCAUUGACAUCCUAGCAAAGCGCACCUACUCACAAAGAAGAGACAUUGCCUUUGCAUAUGAAAAGAGGGCAAAGAAGGACAUGAUCUCAGCCCUGAAGGGAGCGCUGUCUGGCUCUCUGGAAACAGUGAUCCUCGGAUUGAUGAAGAGCACGGCCCAGUACGAUGCCUCAUUGAUCAGAGGCUCUAUCAAGGGUGCAGGAACAGAUGAAGAGACGCUGAUUGAGGUUUUAUGCUCACGCAGCAACAAUGAGCUGGUGGAGAUCAAGAAGGUCUACAAGGAGUUGUUCAAGAAGGACCUGGAGAAAGACGUGGCAGGUGACACCUCUGGGAACUUUGCUAAGCUGCUCUUGGCUCUGGUGCAGACCAAGAGAGCAGAACCGACCGGUGUGGUAGACAAUGAAAAGAUUGAUGAAGAUGCCAGAGCACUCUAUGAGGCUGGGGUGAAGAUUAAAGGAACUGAUGUGCCGACCUGGAUCUCCAUUAUGUCUGAGAGAAGCGUACCCCACCUGCAAAAGGUGUUUCAAAGGUACAAGAGUUACAGCCCCUACGAUAUGCAGGAGAGCAUUAUGAAGGAAGUUAAAGGAGACUUGCAAAAGUCCUUCCUGGUGCUAGUGAACUGCUUUGAAAACAAACAGCUGUUCUUUGCCAACCGACUGAAUGAAGCCAUGAAGAGUAAAGGAGCCAAAGAGAAGAUGGUGACCAGAAUUAUUGUGUCGCGCUGCGAGGUGGACCUGGAAAAGAUCUGCUCUGAGUACAAGACCAACUUUGGAGAGUCUCUGCAGAAGACUAUUAUGGAACACACCAAGGGAGACUACCAGAAGGUGCUGCUCAGCCUGUGUGGACAAACUCUGCAGCAAAAGCCCAUAGUUUUUUAUAUGCACACCUCUUAAUGCAACAUUCAAGGAGAUACAUUUAUCUUAUAUCUUGAAACAUGAAUAAUCUGUAUUAAAGCUUACUUUUGUUAUAACAAAAUGGCAAUAAAGUCCUUU